AGCCAGAGAGAGCUCAGUACGGCGCUCCUCGCGGUUCCGAGCGGACGCACUGUUGACGUGCUACGUCGUAGCACACCUUCCACCUUCUACGAAAGUUUGACAUCGCUCGUACUUUGUCGCUAACAAAAAAAUUUAUAAAUAGGACAUGUUAUCUAUAAGUUAAAUAGUUCGCGGUGACACUUUCCAAUUGUUCUCCAAUGGAAUAAUAUUGCGGGUGGAUACUUUUUAGAAGGAUUCUGUUAUCUGAGUUCGGUGCUAUUUCGGCUCGAUGUGCGUCCGGAGUGCGAGGAGGGAGCAUGCUCGUGCCCCUCUUAAUACUUAGCACCGCCCUCGCGGCAGCCAACAUCGGCAAACACGGGGGCAUCGAGGUGCCGGAGUUCGGAGAACCCAUCACAAACCUGACGGUGGCUAUAGGGCGUGACGCUACCUUCGAAUGCAUCGUGGUCAACCUCGGAAAUUUUCGAGUUGGCUGGGUGAAAGCAGACACAAAAGCAAUACAGGCAAUCCACGAACACGUAAUAACGCACAAUCCCCGAGUGUCGGUAUCUCACAGCGAUCACUCCACAUGGUACCUCCACAUCAAGAACGUGCAAGAAGAAGACAGAGGACAAUAUAUGUGUCAAAUCAAUACGGACCCUAUGAAGAGUCAGAUGGGCUCUUUAGAUGUGGUAAUUCCACCAGACUUUAUUACCGAGGAGACAUCAGGAGAUACUAUGGUACCAGAGGGCGGUACAGCGAGGGUGUCGUGUCGAGCGCGGGGUGUUCCACCACCAAGAGUUAUGUGGAAACGGGAAGACGGUCAGGAAAUUGUUGUUCGGGACCACACGGGGGCGAAAAGCAAAACACAUACGUACCAAGGUGAAGUGUUGAAACUGACGAAGAUAUCACGUUCAGAAAUGGGAACAUAUUUAUGUAUCGCCAGUAACGGGGUGCCGCCAACGGUCAGUAAGAGGAUUCAUAUUAGUGUACAUUUUCAUCCAGUGAUCCAAGUACCAAACCAGCUGGUGGGGGCACCGCUAGGUACUGACGUCACUCUCGAGUGCUACGUCGAGUCAUCGCCCAAAUCCAUCAACUACUGGGUCAAAGAUCCAGGUGAACUGAUAAUACCAUCGGAACACCAUGAGAUGACGGUAAGACAAAAAUCCAUGUUUGAAGCCGAAAUGACAAUGACGAUCAAGAAUAUUCGCAGAGAAGACUUAGGCAGUUAUAUUUGCGUAGCUAAGAAUUCUCUUGGAGAUGUUGAGAGCAAGAUAAGACUAUAUGAAAUCCCUGGCAACGACAGGCAUGUCGACCAAUAUCCAGACGAACGAAUAACUUCAGAUGAUGAUUACGGCACCGAGGCUUACGACGACGAGACAGAAAAUGAUAAUGUUAAAAGCAACAGAGUUCCAGAUCGUGCAAAUAAAUGGUACGCUAACGACGGCAAAACUGUGGUGGCGAAUUCCCAUGCCUCCAUAGCUAAACAUACUACAGCCCUCACAAUAACAAUUAUCUUCCUUCAUUUAUUUAAAACAAUCCUAUAAUUACUGUUUAGACAAUCCAAACAUGAAGAAGUUUAUGCUUUUAAUUUUUUAUCGCUCAACGAUUGUACACGGUUUAAAUUUUCUAUAGUUAAAAUAUAUUUCUGUAUAUUUCGUGAUUGUAGUUCGAAAAGGCUUUUUGAAUCAUUAACUACUUUAAUUCUUGUAUAUUGAUUCUGUAUUUGGUACGUGUAAGUUUAACUUCAUUUAUGAUUGACAUAAACUAUACUCCAUUAUCGUGUAACGUGAUAAUAACUAGUUUUAAAUAAAAUUGUACAUAAUUAUAUAAGUAAAUAUCAAUGAAUUAUAAUAUAAAUAUAACGACAUUUAACUUCGAAUACUUUAUAUUAAAUACGACUUUGGAAAUCAUAUAUAUAAAGGUCGUAUAUACCAAGAAGAGAAAAUGUUUAUAUUGUAUGUGCCAUGUAUAUUGCUAUUAUCUUAAUAGAGACAUUUUAUAUAGAGUUUUUAUUGAUUAUAAUAAUUUAAUUUAAAUGUAAAUAUAUUUUAAAGCCUAAUGUAAAAUGUUGAUAGAUAUUACAUAAGUAUUUACUAGCCGUUUGAAAUGUAUAAAUGAUGUAAAAGGCUUAACAACAUUUUAUGUCUUUCUACUUGUUUACAACGCUUAUCCUAUGAUUGCAACUUCAAUUGGUCCCUUCAACACAGCGAGGUUAUCCAACGAAAUAUAUGUUAACAGUAAAUUAUUAGUGCUCCUAAGGCUCCCUUUGCGGCCAUGUAAUUGAAAUAUAAACUCUGCAGUUGCAUUUCGUAACAUUUCUGUGUGUCUCUACUCGUAAAUAGUAUAGUUCAAAUAUAAACUUCUUCCGAACAAUGUGCGUUAUUAUCCUGGUCGUUACAAAAAAAAUAUAU